AGAGACGUAGAAGGUGAGCUGUUUCGAGGAAAAUUAAUGACGAGGUGUAUGGUGGCAGACGAACAUUGAAGGAUCGAUCAAUAAAAGGGGCUCUUUCAGUUGGUAAUGGCGUUCUAGUGUUCUCCCCAGUUUCUUUCUUGGCACUGAAUGAAAGAUGGAUUUUGCUGGAAGGAAGAGAGGAUUUUCACUGCUUCCUGCUCUCCUGCCACUCUUCUUAACCCUCUUUCUUGGAAGAUAUCCGGUCGUUUCAGGCCUAAAUUAUACAAUGUCUAAGCAAGUGAGUAGCUCGAGACUUGAAAGGAUAAAGAGGCAUUUGCACAAGAUUAACAAGCCUGCUGUCAUGACGAUAGAGAGCCCAGAUGGAGAUAUUGUUGAUUGUGUCCAUAAAAGAAAACAGCCAGCUUUAGAUCAUCCGCUUUUAAAGAACCACAAGAUCCAGAGACAUCCUUCAGAGAUGCCUAAAGUGAGAAUGGGGAAAGAAGAUGAUCAGAGAGAGAACAACAGUAAUAGUAUUGCCAAUGAAGCAGUAAGAGAUGCGUGGCAACUGUGGCAUCGAAACGGGACACGAUGUCCAAAGGGAACGAUUCCCAUACGGCGAAGCACGGUUGUUGAUGUGUUGAGAGCCAAGUCUUUGUUUCACUUUGGGAAGAAACAGCAUAGGGUUCCUCUUACUAGCCGAAGCACCGAUGCACCAGAUGUAGUCAGCGGCAAUGGCCAUGAGCAUGCAAUAGCCUACACCGGAGCAUCGGAAGAAAUGUACGGGGCUAGGGCGACAAUUAACGUGUGGGACCCAUCAAUCCAAGUGGUCAAUGAGUUCAGCCUCUCCCAAAUUUGGAUUCUUUCGGGAUCAUUUGACGGCUCAGAUCUCAACAGCAUAGAAGCUGGAUGGCAGGUCAGUCCGGAGCUUUAUGGUGACAGCAGGCCUAGAUUGUUCACCUACUGGACGUCAGAUUCGUAUCAGGCAACCGGGUGCUACAACCUUCUUUGUGCAGGAUUUGUGCAAACCAAUAGUAAGAUAGCCAUCGGAGCAGCCAUUUCUCCGGUCUCAUCAUUCUCAGGCAACCAAUUUGACGUUACCAUCCUCAUUUGGAAGGAUCCAAAACUUGGAAAUUGGUGGAUGAGCUUUGGGGACAAUACAUUGGUGGGAUAUUGGCCGGCAGAGAUAUUUACGCACUUAGCUGACCGUGCGACAAUGGUGGAGUGGGGCGGUGAGGUGGUGAACACACGGGCGAAUGGCGAGCACACCUCCACCCAAAUGGGUUCAGGCCACUUUGCCGAUGAAGGGUUCGGGAAAGCAAGCUAUUUCAGGAACCUAGAGAUCGUGGACGCCGAUAAUAGUCUCAGCUCAGUCCAAGAUAUCUCAACCCUAGCUGAGAACACCAAUUGUUACAACAUCAAGAGCUCCUAUAACAACCAGUGGGGUACAUACUUCUACUAUGGGGGCCCGGGGAACAAUCCUCAGUGCCAAUAAUUAAUGAUCACCACCCACCACAGCCCCAUCAUCAUUGUGAUCAUCACAACACAUGAACUAGGUUGACGUGCGCGCGUAACAUGAUCUUUACUGCCAAAUUCUUUAACUUGUAAUUAUAUCCUUAUUGCUGCUACUACGACCACAUUUUUUAAUGUUCUAUACUAUUAAUAUGAAUAACUAAAUAUAUUAAGCAAUAUUGCAUAGUACUCGGCUUGAAUGAGCA